UUUUGAUAUUUCAACAGAUAUGACGUGCACAUUAAUUUUGGUGAUGAUUGGUUUGAUAUUUUUUUUAACAUGAUAGUUAACGUCUAUUGGGAGAAAAAGACUUAAUGCCUAUAAAAUACAAAAUACAGUGGCGAUUGUUUCGAUAUUUUCAAAAAUUGAAGUGGGCAUGGGUAAAGAUGUGCAUUUGAAUUUUAAUCACAAUUGGUCGUCGUUCUGUGACAUGAACCAGAUACGAUUUGUUUUACAUGUAGCCUUUCCCCAGGUUAUUGAAUUUGGGGUACAGAUUAGCAAAUUGAAGGGGGGCUUCUUACUAACACCCCCCCCCCUCUCACCGCCGGUGGCUAUUUUGCCCUAUUCAUAUGUAAAUCGGGCGUUUUAUAUACCUAUCCCAUGUCUCCCCUUCAGUGGCAGCACUAAAAAGAAGCCAGGAAUGCCCCCCACCCGCAAGCGCACACCGACUGACCACUAUUCAGGCGGACUGAAGUCUGACAGAAAGAUGAGGAAACCUCUAGUCGAGAAGAAACGACGAGCUCGAAUCAACGACAGUUUACACGAACUCAGGGUUCUCAUGGCGGAUACGGAGCAGUUCCAUUCAAAGAUGGAGAACGCCGAAGUGCUGGAGAUGACGGUCAAACGGGUGGAGAGCAUUCUGCAAAACCGGAAUCAAGAGGUGGACGCCAUCAAUCGAGAGGCGUGCCAGCGUUUUGCGGCUGGUUACAUCCAGUGCAUGCACGACGUACACAAUUUUGUGUCCAGCUGCCCGGGGAUGGAUCCCACAGUGGGGGCCGAGCUGCUCAACCACCUCCUGGAGAGUAUGCCCUUGCACGGCCAGGACCGCCUCAGGGCCACGCUUUUGGACGCAGACCGCCAUGGUGGCCCAUGGUCCCCACCUGCCCCUAGUGUCCCGAUGGCCCAGGGUUCGCUUGUGUCCCCGGCUCCCUCUUCUUCCUCUGCCUCCGGCGAUGACCUAUGCUCUGACCUGGAGGACACCGACUCAGAGCAAAGUCAGGGUUCCUCUUCCGAGGAGUCGGAACAAAGUCAGGUUUUUUCGUCUGAAGAAUCAGAGCCGCAGGACGUGUCGGGAUGUGUGUCAUUAAAUGGCUCCAAAUCUGUUUGGAGACCCUGGUAGAUUGAAGGAGCUGUACACGUUGAUCAGAUAUUUUAAAGCAGUGGUGUCAAACCCGCUUUCAUAUUGGGCCACAUUUUAACUCCGCGUUCUGGGUUGAAGCGACCGAGGUAUUGGGCUAGUGCAAGCCUUAUUUCUAAUUAUCGGGCCCGCAUGGAGGAUGCAGAUACUGGCCACUGAUACUGCAGAAAGAAAAGACAAUAAGUCUUCCUUGCAAGUACUUGGUGCUACACUCUGGCCGUUUGACAUAUCUCUGAAUUAUGUAUGUCAGGAAGACAUAAAGGUAUGUGUUCACAAUUACUCAUCAUUCUGUUAAUUGAAAAUAGUGUUAGUGAUAUCGGUACUCGGUAUCGGUGAGUACUCAAGAGUGAAUACUCGUACUGGAAUCGAACAUCCCUUAUAUAUUUUAUCUAUAUUCUAAUUUAUUAUUGCGGGAGUAAAUUCAAAACAACUUGGGCAAUUAUGCUGUUCGAUUAACACAAUUUUGUAUAUUCUUAACAACAAAUAGAAUUUGAAAUCAAACGUGAUGCAAAUUAGUGAUAACCAAAUAGCUACAGGAAGUAUGAGACUUGUUCAGUUUUUGAUGAGUUAUGGAAUGAUGCGGUCGAGUAUGAUGUCUGUGUUUUAAUGUUAUGCCCUCAGUAAUUUUGGAAGCAUAACUGCCACAUGUACAGGGCAAAUAUACUAUACAGUUUACUGUAUAUGUUUACUUAGAGCAGUGUUUUCCUUACCUUUAUUAGACACAUACUUUACAUUUGAAAAGCAUCUCACGGCACACUACCCCAAAAAAUGUCACCAGGAUUGUGUAAAUUAUUCCUUAUAUUUUUUUAAGUGUUUUUAAUGUCUAUUUAUAUGCAUGAAACGGCAACAGAGAACUUUUACAAUAAAUGGCUUUGUGAAAGUU